GGAGAAUGAGCUGAAAGAUAAAUGUCAGGAUCUCGGUUGGUAGGUCAUUUAGGGACGUGUACUUGUCUUGCCAGUAGGUGGUGAUUUCUCUAUUUACUUUGUCCGUGUUAAUAUAACUAAUUAAUAUGGCUCGAAAACGACAGCAUCCUUCUUCGGCUCACCCAUGUCGUGGUCUUGCUGCCUCUGGUAGGUCUGUGUCUUCGCACAUGGCCUCUGUAACAGAGCGUCAUGUGACUAUAGCAAGGCAGCUCGUCUUGUCCGGCGAAGAGGUGUUAAAUCUAUCUCGAAUUAACCGCCCUGAGAACACUUCGAAAGCUAUAAUCCAAAGCAGAAAGAAUGGAUAGAGUGGACCAAAUGA